AUGAAUCCAACCAUAUAUCUUCAGCCAUUUUUGGAUUUGAUUCUAUCUGAUGAAACUGGGGCACCAAUCACAGUGGACGCUGUGACUAGCUGCAGAUUCAAGGUGACUGAUCCUGCAUCAGAAGAAGUGGUCCUGACGAAGAUACUCCAGAUUGCUGGGAUGGAUACAACUUACUAUUUUGGGAGUAAACACUUAGAGAAUGGUAAUGUUACAUCCAGAUAUGAUGGUCAACCAUCUUCUGGAAGUUUCAAGCCUUAUGGGGUCCCUUGCAUGGUGGAGAUAUUUCACUUCUUGUGUUCAUUGUUGAAUGUUGUUGAGCACAUGGGAUUGGGUCCCAGAUCAAAUACUAUAGCUUUUGAUGAAGAUUUUUGCCUUGGCAUUGUUCUCAGUCUAUAUCAUCAUUUGCGUUCUCAACUCAAACUACAGUUUGAAUCUUUCUUUUCCUGUGUUAUUUUGAGGCUUGCACAAGGCUGUUAUGGGGCUUCAUACCAGCAGCAGGAGGUUGCCAUGGAGGCUCUUGUUGACUUUUGCAGGCAGAAGGCAUUUGUGGUGGAGAUGUAUGCUAACCUAGAUUGCGACAUUACUUGCGGCAAUGUGUUUGAAGAUCUUGCCAAUAUAUUGUCAAAAAGUGCAUUUCCUGUGAAUUGCCCUUUGUCUGCAAUGCACAUUCUUGCUUUGGAUGGAAUGGCUGAGAGGAUCAGCAAUGGAUUAGUUAGUUCAGAACAAGGUCCCAUAAGUCUUGAGGAGUAUACCCCAUUUUUGGAUGGGCUUGAGUUUCUUCAAGGAAUGCACCUCUUGCCUGACAAACUUGACCCACAGAGUGUGGCUUGCUUUUUCAGGUACACUGCUGGGUUAGAUAAGAACCUUGUUGGGGAUUUAGUGGGCAAUCAUGACAACUUUUGUGUUCAGGUCCUUCAUGAAUUUUCCGGGACGUUUAAUUUCCAAGACAUGAAUCUGGAUACUGCGGCUGUGUUCUGGAAACUUUCAGACUGCCUGGAGAAUCACAAAAGAUACAAAGGAUCAGCACAAUGUACAAAAUUGUACUAUGCAAUCUGCAAGAAUGAGAUACGCACAAUCCCAGAACAAGGUGCUGGUUUCCCUGAAAUGACACCAAGCCGUUGGAUUGAUCUAAUGCACAAAUUUAAUAAAACUGCACAAUUCAUUGUGUCAGAUUCCAGAGCUCAUCUGGACCGUGAUAUGUUUGCUAUAAUGUCAGGCCCAACACUUGCGGCUAUUUCUGUGGUAUUUGAUCAUGCAGAAUUUGAAGAUGUAUACCAAACAUGUACUGAUGGAUACUUAGCUGUUGCAAAGGUUUCUGCAUGCCACCAUCUUGAAGAUGUUCUGGAUGACUUGGUGGUGUCUCUUUGCAAGUUCACGACCCUGUUGAACCCGUCUUCUGUUGAGGAACCUGUUUUAGACUUCGGUGAUGACACAAAAUCUAGGAUGGCAACUGAAAUAGUUUUACCAUUGCAAAUAGCUCACAUGACAUCCAUGGGUAAUCCAAGGAGAUCUUCUGGACUGAUGGGUCGGUUCAGUCCGCUCUUAUCUCUCGAUACAGAGGAACCAAGAUUGCAACCGACUGAACAGCAACUAGCUGCUCAUCAACGCACCCUUCAGACAAUUCAGAAGUGCCACAUUGACCGUAUUUUCACCGAGGAUAGAAUUGGGCUACUCUGGCAUGUGUACGAGCAGACAUCCAACAAGGAAGUCAGUCGUCUGGUGAAAGCAAACUCUACACACAUCCGGUCCCAAAUGGGUGGCCUACAAUCACAUCUCUACUCCAUCACAGCUCGACACCCAGAAUCUUCUGAAGCAGGAUUCGAUGCACUGUUGUUUAUCAUGUCUGAAGGAGCCUACUUAAUGCCGGCCAAUGAUGUCCUCUGUGUUGAUGCUGCAAGACAGUUUGCUGAGUCACGUGUUGGACAGGUUGAUCGGUCUGUGCAUGCACUAGAUCUCAUUGCAGGUUCUGUCGCUUGUUUAGCAAGAUGGGCUCAAGAUGCUAAGGAAGCUAUGGGAGAGGCCGAGGCUGUAAAAACAUGUCAGGAUACAGGGGAAAUGUGGCUGAGGCUUGUGCAGGGACUGAGAAAAGUUUGUUUGGAUCAGAGAGAAGUAGUUAGGAACCAUGCUCUCGUCAUUGCAAAUGUGUUUGACAGGAGGACACUCCCAAACAGAUUACCGAAACAUGGAGGGGACUCUUGUCCUUGCAUUGAAACUCCUGUCAAAAGCGUUUUUACAGUUGCUUCACGAGCUCUUGCAAUUAACGACCUUCUGCAAACUAUGGCUGCGUGUUCUCAGCCGGAUGGAAAAGUACUUGAAAGAGAAAGUCAGAGGGAAGAGAAGCGAGUAGCUUCAGAAACGAGUCCCGGAGCUUGUAAAAAACACCUUGCUUGUUAUGAAGACAAAGGAGGUGUUGGUGCAGAGGACUGCUCUGGGCGGAGGUAG